AAAUUAACCAUAAAUUUUUAUAGUGAAAACUAAAACCAACCGCUAAACAAAGACUUUCAUCUAAAAGAGCAGACCAAGAGAAAUCAUUCCCAAAACAGCUAUAGUUUUCAGGCAAAUAUGGAUUCGAGUCGAAUAUAUAUGGGUUACAUGAACAAGCUGAUUCGAUUGCAGAAUUCCAUUGAACGAAGAUUCCCUCCCAGAAGUUUUCAAGAUCCUAGGCCACAUCACAGCCGUAUUGCUGCUGGUUGCACGGAAAACAAGGAUAAGCAAAAGCCUUUUCAAAGCCCUGACCAUCACCAAAAGACCCCUCACAAAUCCUCAUCGAAGCCAACUGUUUCCAUCUCAAUUGCUAGGCCAGUAGAAUGUUCCCGUCAGUACGAUAAAAAUCCUGAAAAAAUAUCGCAAACCAGCUUGCAUUCAAAGCCGGAACCUGUUAUAUGCCAUGUCUACGAUGCUCAUGACAAGCCACAGAAAUCCUGUGUGACCUUUAAAGAGCCAGAAGUCAAAGAAAUUUCAGUUUCAGUUAUAUGCUUAAAGAACCCAAGUGAAGAUGCCGAACCACUAAGGGAAAUCGUAAAACACUAUGGUAAUUGUAACCCAGUUUCGAAAAAGCACAGAUCAACUAGAAGAUGUUGCAUUAGACCUGUAAUUGUUGUGCCCUCGGGUGAGGGAACACCGAAAAACAAGAAAUCGACAUCGAAAUCUAAGAAAGAUGCUCAGGAUCAUAAGAAGAAAUCUUCAACGCAUUCUAAAAAAAAUAGUACCCAUAGUAAAUCCAAAUCCAAAUCCAAAUCCUCUCUAACACAACGAAAUUCCUCGACAACUUUCCUUUGCACCACUGAGGCUCAUUUAUCAGAUCAACCACAUUCUUCCACGACACCAACGCCAUGCAGCAACUGCCCAGCCAUAACUGAUAUAUCAAGGCAGCUGACAGAGCUUAACCAUCGGUUGGAGGGUCUUCAGAGCCAUGAGCUGCACGACAUUCGCACCCAGGUUGAUAGCCUUAAUUCCAAUCUACAAUCGCUGGCAACGAAGUGUCUUGAGAAGUCAACUACGAAAAUUGUGGAAAAGAAAUCAUCGAGCACCUGCCAGUUUUGCCGAGGACGGAGCUUAAAGGUGAUCAAUAGUUUUCACAAGGAACUGAUGAAAGCAAUUGGUGAUCGUUGUUAUACAGAUAUCGUCAUAUCAAUAUUUUUACGAGCCGAUAAUGUCUACCACGUGAACGUGAGGGAUCUGAGCACAGGGUGUUCCCUGGGCUGUUUUCUGGUCACCGAUGCCGGCAUCGAUGAAGCCGUGCAGUUGGGUAUCUUCCAGGAAAUUCUUACCUUCAGUGUGAUAGACGUACGGAAUACCAUCAAGCCAAAGAACUGCCCCUUGGGCAUAUCCUUUGAAUUUCAUCAUGCCGAACGCCAGGCCGGUGGUUGCGAUUCUACAGCUCAUGGGACUUUUAUGGUGGAAAAGGACUAUAUAGCUAGGGUUCUGGGUCUGCCUCUGCAGAUGAUUCAGUUUAAUAACUCCGUUCCGCAAGCUGCUAUUGAACAGCCGGAGAAUAAUCCUAUAAAAUCCAUUACGCACUCAGAAAGUGAAACCAAUGGGUCUCAGUUGGGAUCUGUUUCUUUCGAGGAACAAUUUCAAGUCAAAUCAAAGCCCAAGCCCAAGUGCAAAAGAGCUGUCAGUGAGAAACACCCUUUAAGUCCAAAGGAUUGGGAGCAUUACUAUCGAAAGGAAUUAAAACAAAAACAACAAAAAAACGGCCUACAUUUACCUUCUAUCCGAAAACAAAAGUUUUUCUAAAUAUACCAAAAAUUUUAGACGAAGAUUUUAGAAAGCCCAUUUAAAUUCAACAUUUUUAUUAUUUGUAAAAAUAAAUUUACACAAUAAAUAUUGCUUUAGAGAUGCCAAAA